AUGGGCAAACACACGCGUUUUCCCAGUUCAUCUGGGCCAUUGCAAAUAUACCAGGACGAGAAUGCCACGCCCAUGACUAGUCACGCUCCUAUGCCAUCAGUCUCGAAGCAAGCCCGAAGGCCCCUGACUAGCUCAACCUCAAACCUCGUCUUCAACCCACCCACCGCCUCCCACAAUGUGCACUCACCCUACAAGCAGAGACCUGCUUCCGCAUCGCAAAUACCUUUGGCAACUUCUCAAGGCAACAAAUUAAACAUGGUCCCCAUGGCGCCUCCAUCAAGACGAGGCCACUCCACAGAUUCCCUGCAAAAGAAGCCUUACCUCUCGAAUUUUAAGACGGGUCCUCAAAAGCACGUCCUCGACAUGGGCUGGGACUUUGGCAAAGAGAAUGUCCACCCACAAAUUUUCCCAACACCUCCUGCCAUUGACAUGUCAGUCGAGAAUUACUACCAAAAGCCAAACGGAAAGCGCGCUCUCAUGGAGGCUGCUCCUAUCAGAGAUUCCAGAUCUACCAAGAAGAUAAAAUCCGAGCCAAUGACAGCGACAGUGGAAACCGCGACAGACGCGACAGUCGUUCCUCCCCACGACUCCUUCCCUCCUAUUGUCGAUGACGGUAGCAAGCCUGCCCUUAGUUACGCCGACUUGAUUGCCAUGGCCAUCUUCCGAUCUCCCAAUCGAAAGCUCACGCUCUCUCAAAUUUACAAUUGGAUCAGCGACAACUACUCCUUCUACAGCCCUACCGAUGCCGGUUGGCAAAACAGUAUUCGACACAAUCUAAGUCUACAAAAGGCCUUUAUGAAAGUCGAGAGACCCAAGGACGACCCUGGCAAAGGCCACUACUGGGUCAUCAAGCCCGGUUACGAAGCGCAAUACCUGAACAAGAAGCCUACUCGCAAAUCCGCCUCUGGCUCAGACAGCCUUCACGUUAUAUCGACUCGCCUCGAGCCCUCUCGCCCGGCUUCUGCAUCAACCCAGGAACCUACACUGCCUCCCCCGGUUCCCGUCAGCCAGUCCGCUCUACCACCUCUUCCCACGUCUCAGGCCACCAUGUCGAUGCCCGUAGAUCUUUCAUCCGAUGCUACGAUUCCUGUCUCCGAUAACAUUGGCCCUGAGGAUGUCGCGGACAAGACUGACCUCGAUAUUUCUCUCGAAUCAUAUCUCUACUCGCCACUUCCUGCUGCUAUGCAUUCGUCACCGCCUGUCUCCCGACAUGUGGAUCAUCGAAGCAACACACCCCCUCCGGCUGCCCGAAACCCGGCCUCGUCUGUCUCACGAUCACACAGGCGCAAAUUUGCAUCUAUGGACGACAGUGGAUACAUCUCUUCUCUCGAAUCAUCAGCCAUUAGACCCAGUCAGAAGUUUAUGCUUACGUCGGAGGCUGACCGCCCACGGAACAAGUCAAGGGGUCGUGCAGAGGAAGAGAUUGCUCGUCUUCGAAACUCUUCGCCCUUCAGCCCAAGUAAGACACGCUAUCACUCCGUCAUGCCACCCGUCUCUUCGUCUCCUCUCCGACCGGCCUACGAUAAGCAGAUGCUGCCGCCGAUUACGCCUAUGGUCAAACUAAACCCUCCGCCCCGGCCCCCUCCAUCAGCAUCUCCCAACACAAAUCUUCGAAUCCAUCGUGACAGAAUGCGAAACUUGCUCCAGUCGCCUGAACGGAAGGUUGGGGGCAAUUCUGAAUUCACACCAUAUAGCCCUGCUUUCGAUCUGGGCACAGAUGUCUACCAAUCGGUUUUCGGCGCCUCUAUUUUGAGCGAUGCGGACUUUACCAUCAGCCAGGAUCUCGCUGGGUUUGAUGGGCUUGAUGAUGCCACCUUUGCGGCCAUGAGCUCGGUUGAUGCUGGAUCUCCCAUCAAGCGCACGGCCAAGCGCGCUCGACUUGAUCGCACCGUGUCUGCAUCGGUCCUGGGCGAUAUCACCAACUCGGCGACCAAGAAGCCUAUUGCUUCUGCACCUCUGUUGAGACCCCCGGAGCAGUCUCUCCAGUUUGAUACACCAAGCAAGGCGUUUGAAGGCCUGAGCUCUCCCAGCAAGAUGUUUCAGGAAUCGCCCAUCCGCAACAAUCAGUCUCCCUCCAAGUUCGCCAACUUUUUGAACGUCAACUUGGACAGCAGCGACUGGGCAUCAUCAGCUCUUCUGGGCCAACUGGAAUUUGUGCCUCCUAGCCCUGGUGUUUCAACGGAUGUGUCUAGUUUCGACAUAUUCAAGGGUUUUGACAAGAUCGGAUCGACAUCACAGGCAAACAAAAACAACACCUCAAGGAACAACAAGCCCGGAUUACCCCGAAGUUUUUCAACCCAAUUUUAA